CCACAAGGUGGUCAGUGUGAGGCGGGAACGCACCUGACUCGAGUCAGCCCCCACCUUUUCCCCGUCGGAAUUCUCUUGCAGGAGAGUUGCAAGAAAGUAGAGCGAGCGAUCUCGAAUCUAUCAGGUUUCCUUCCUCCUUGAAUUGAGAUAAAGAGGGUAGAAAGAAGAGGAAAAUCUCCAGAGUUCGACGAAUAGAGCAAUGGGGACGCAGUGGAUCAGCGAUUUUCCGCACACCCAAAUGGAGAAAAGGCCGAGAAAGCGUCCCAGGCUAACGUGGGAUGUUCCUCCUCCCCAUUUGGAAUUGAAUGAAUGGCUAUGUGUAGGCCCAGCCAGCACUUUAUUGUGGGCAAGAAGUCAGGACUGGCACCAUCAUCAAUGACUUUUGCUCUUCUAUGUGUUUCAAGAAUGCAUCCCGUCAUGCUUCACCCCCUUGGCGAGAAGAUGACAAGGAUGGGCAUUACACUUUUGCAGUUGGAGAGAACUUAACUCCUCGUUACAAGAUUCAAGGAAAAAUGGGUGAAGGUACAUUUGGGCAGGUAUUGGAGUGUUGGGACAUGCAAAAUAAUGAGAUGGUGGCUAUCAAAAUUAUCCGUUCUCUUCAUAAAUACCGUGAAGCUGCAAAAGUUGAAAUUAAUGUACUCCAGCAGCUUGCAAGAAAUGAUCCAUGGGGUACUCGUUGCGUACAAAUCCGGAAUUGGUUUGACUAUCGUAAUCACAUAUGUAUUGUGUUUGAGAAGCUUGGCCCAAGCUUGUAUGAAUUUCUUCGGAAAAACAGCUAUCGGUCAUUUCCUAUUGAUCUAGUCCGGGAGUUCGGCCGACAACUUUUGGAGUCUGUAGCAUAUAUGCAUGGGUUGCACCUUAUUCACACCGAUUUGAAGCCAGAAAAUAUCCUUCUUGUAUCCUCUGAUUACAUCAGAGUGCCAGACUAUAAGUUGCCAUUUCAAUAUGGUAAGGAUGGGUCCUAUUUCAAGAAUGUCCCGAAGUCAAGUGCUAUUAAACUAAUUGAUUUCGGAAGUACAACAUUUGAAAACCAAGACCACAAUUAUGUAGUUUCCACGAGACAUUACCGUGCACCAGAAGUUAUUUUGGGCCUUGGCUGGAACUAUCCCUGUGACUUGUGGAGUGUCGGUUGUAUACUUGUCGAACUAUGCUCAGGGGAAGCACUUUUUCAAACCCAUGAAAACAUGGAACAUUUGGCCAUGAUGGAGAGAGUUUUGGGCCCAAUUCCUCAGCAUAUGAUUAAUAGAGCAGAUAGGCAUGCAGUGAAGUACUUCCGUCCAGGGCCAAGAUUAGAUUGGCCAGAAGGCGCAACUUCACGUGAAAGCUUGAGAUCAGUUUGGAAAUUGCCUCGCCUUCAGAACCUGGUGAUGAAGCACGUUGACCACUCUGCAGGUGAAUUGAUUGAUUUAUUGCAGGGCCUUCUUCGAUAUGAUCCAGCUGAGAGACUGAGGGCAUGUGAUGCCCUCCAACAUCCUUUUUUCACAAGGGAUCACAGGAGGUCUUGUUUCAGCUGUUAAGAUCUUUCCUCCUAUCUAUUCAAGAGGUAAAUUGGUCAGGGUCUUUAUUCAAUUUUGAGUGGCAUGUGGGGGCAAACAGGCAUGCGAUGUAAGGUAAAUGUAUAGAAGAAUACCUUCUCUGUGUCUAAAAUCAACCCUUUUGUGAGUCAUUCUUUUCGUCAUGAUAACCAGAAUGCGGUAAACCUUCUACGUGCCCUUAUGGAUUUCGUCUUCU